AUGGAUAUCAAGAGUCUUCUCAACCCCUCCGCCAAGGGGGCCAUCAAUCCUCCUCCUCAACCCCAUGAUAUCGUCGAAGAGGACCCUAUACGGUCGACCAAAUCUUCUUCAACGUCUUCCAAGGUUUCCCGGCAUCAUGCAACUCCUAGAAGUCAAAAUGAUGACCAUGCCAGGUACCACAAGUAUGCAACUGUUGGUAGCUCAAGUGCAGGGUCCAUGACGGCUAGAAGUUCCAUAUCCAGCCUCUCCAGCUUUCAGUCCUCCAAUAGUCUCACCAGCUUGACGACAUCCUCAAGUGCUGGUUCCAUAUCCAAGGGUUCACUAGGUAGCCCAAUCCAUGAAUCCCUAGGACGUCCCAAGCCGGAUUUCAGGAUACCAAUUUAUGCCUUUGAUAUAACCCAGAACAGUGCCCGGCUUCCCCCUCGUGGUCUAUACACACCAAGCGAGUCUGAUUAUAGCCCUUCAACAACAGCCAUGACCCAGUAUUUCCCCUCACACCCAGACGUAACACAAGACCGGAUUGCGAGGGAAGAAAUACCUGGCUCCAACCUGACAACAUUGGCUGCUCUGGCGACCUGCCAAGAUUUCAAGAGGAACACGCUGGAGUCCGAUUAUUUUGAUGCUAGAUACUCCUAUGGACCCCAACAUUCGCCGUAUGAGGGAACACCCACUCGUUCCUACGUUACCCAAAUACGUCAGCGGACGGAUCUCAUUCCCAAGCAGGUGAAUGGCUUUGGUCAUAUCUCCACGCAGGACGUCUAUGCCAUGAGCAAACUCCAGCUCUCCGGAACCCCCAGCACCUUGUCACCAACGAGUACCAUCGGCCCGUCCGGCUCAACAACUUCUAUUGUCAUGGAUCUCUUUUCCGCCCCAAAAUGCUCCUACGUCGAAGACUGUAACACAGGAUCUCCCCUGCGCAAAGUGGUAUCCCAUAUCUUUGGAAGAAAUAAGCUAUCGACUAGACAGAUCCCUAAGAAUAUUUGGGUUUACUAUUGUCGAAAGCACUACCAGAGAUCUCGGUAUCGUGAUCCUAAGGGAUUCGCAAAACUCCAAUGUGAAUUGGUCAGAAGACAAGUUGAGAGGUUGAAUACCUGGGGGGGUGUUGAGGAUUGGGUCAUCAAGGUUCGCAGAAGGGAGGAGCUUCGCAUAUCGAAGGAAAACAAGACCGCUGCUCCAUACAGCCCCGAUGCCUCGGAUGACUUUGAAGACGAAUACGGCAGACGAGACUCAGUCCAAGGGUCGUCUGAUAUUCAUUGGAUAUCAUUGAUGACUGGAAACGGGAAAUCUGUUGACGAUGUUCGUUUUCUGCUAGGUCGUGUAGAGGCUGAGAUUAUCGACCGCGGUGGCAUCUUCCCCGACGUCGAAAUCUUACCUAACGUUCGACCUUCCGCCAUCUCUGGUGACAUGAACUCCAUCUCUGGGGUUGGGAUGGGCGAAAUUGAAGGCCUAGGGCCUGUUGAUCCUGCGAAACCCAAGAAGUCAAGAGGGUCUCUACUAGAUGUCUUUAGCUCACCUCGAAAGCUGCCAUCCCGAAAAUCAUUAGAAGAAGCGAUGGUGGUUACUGGAUCUACAGUCGCUGCUCAGGCCAAGCUUCAGAAGUCUAGCAGACCAUCCUUUAUCCAAGAAUAUUCCCCGCCUUCCUUGGAUGACGAAGAUUCCCCAUCUCCAACGAGGCCUAAACGCAAGGCUAGCAAACCACUUCCGAUUACGGUUCUCUCCCCUCAAGAAACCUCUUAUCCUGAGGCCUGCCCUAACUACGGCUAUUCACAAAUGCCUGCUCUCCGAGAAGCCGAUUCUACGGCUGAGACUGAGAAGAUGUUGCUCAAGUAUCGAUCUAAGCGUCCUCGCCCUGGUGUCGGUGGCUUUCCAGACUACCAGGACCACUGGGAUGAAUUCCCCUCUCCAGUGUCGACUCGUCGUCAUUCUCUCGAACUCGAAAGCGACAUGCCGUCCCUCCCUCUCCUAGCAGAGAGGUUGGAGGAGCAGCUCCGUUCCCCAUCGAUGGAAGAUCCUACGCUUGGUGGCUUGCCAUUCGAACCCGCUAAGGCGACAGGAGAGGCUUUCUGUUCUUUUGAACAAAAGGAUCUUAAGAUCGUUCUUGUCACGCCACCUCCAUCUGCUUGUGGUGACUAUAGCCGCGGCGCUACCGAGACUCUCGAGACUACGGACGGCGAAUUCUCUCAACUUGGCGUCACGCAGGCGCAGCCAUUGCUCGCCAUCGACCCAGAAUCAGCACGUACUGUUCUUGCUGUUGAGGUGCCACAGCACGUCCGUGACUUCGUCAUGGGGAGCUGGAGCCGAAAGCGCGCAGUUCGGAUGAAGAACCUCUUUGGUGAUCAAAUUGCCAGACCAACAGAAUCUCGUUUGUUAGGAUACCGUCCUUCCCGGCGAAGGGGAAGCCCUCCCGGAAAAAGCCCUCUCACGAGAAGAGUCGGCGGCCAGGCGCAAGACUACGUCGAGCUUGCUAAGGAGAGCGUCCGCUCAGGUGUACGACAACUGCGUACGAGUUUUGCUCUUCAAAGCGAGCCGAUGGAAGAGUCGGUGCCUCAGCCAUCUAAUAGGAAGUCCUUUUCACUCCUCUCAAAACCUAAUCCGAAUUACACUCCUACCACCCCUACAUCCUCUAGUAAGAGGCGACACAGAGCUUCUUCUGCCGGACCAGCUGGUAGAAGCUCGUCCUCUAACAUGUCGAUGCGACGGACCAUGACUACUACCCCGGCCAAGGGCGCUCAGGAACAAAGCCGCACCUGGGCUAGGAGUACGUCUGGUACCCGUUUGAUUUAA